AUGGAAUCGGUGCAGUCGAGACGGUUAGUGUCUUCAAAACGGUCGAGGAAUGACGGUUACGAUGAACCGUCGCGCGCGGGGAAGGCGUACGACGGCGACGGCUUCGCGUUCGUUCGCGUCGCGAAAAGCUUUCGCGACGACGGCGCCGUCGCGGAAUUCGCGGAUCCCGGCGACGCGAACACGGGGGAAAUCGUCAUCGGCGGCGCGUGCGUGUGCGAGGGAUACCUCAACGACGCCGCGUUGACCUCGAAAACGUUCGUGGACUCGCCGUUAGGGAGGGUCUAUCGCAGCGGCGACGUCGGGUUCGUACACGUGGCGUCCGGGGACUUGAUCCUUCUCGGGCGGAUCGAUCGAAGGGUGAAAAUACGCGGGAACCGCGUCGAGCUCGACGACAUCGAGGCGGCGCUUAAAAACUGCGCGCUCGUCGCGGACGCGGCGAUAGCGUUCGACGCGACCGCGCAGGUCAUCACCGCGCACGCGCGCGUGAAGGCGCCGACGUUCGACGCGACGACGGAAGCGUGGAUGUACGCCGCCGCGUGCGAAUUUCACUGCCGGUCGACGCUUCCGAAGCACGCGACGCCGAGUAAUUUCGUGUUCAUAACGCACGACAACUGGCCGUUAACAUCCAGUGGGAAGGUAGACAGGGUGACUCUGGACUCGUGGUUACGCCAAGGUAAAACGCGCGUGUUCAGACCAGACGCGGUCACCCCGGAGCGGGGACUAGAAUCGAUCGUCGCGCGCGCGUGGUCGGCGGCGCUCGGCGUCGACGCCGCCGCGAUCGGCGCGCUCGACUCGAUCGAUCAGCUCGGCGGAAGCUCGCUGAACGUCCUCGCGGUGUCCAGGGCGUUAGCGUCGAACGAUCGGCUCAGCGGCGGCGGCGAGAGAGGCGGCGUGGUCGGUCGCGGGUCCGGGUCCGGGUCGGUCGGUCUGCGAGACGGCGAAGCCGCGGCGUUGCUUCGCGCGGACGACGAGCCCGCGGCGUGCGCGUUUGGCGCGGCGGACGGACCGUUCGCGCCGUGCGAGAUCUUCGCGCGCCCGGUGUUGAGGGACUACGCGACGUACCUGCGCGAGAACGGCGUGGACGUCGUCGCGGACGAUGACGACGAAGAAGAAGAAGAAGAAGAAGAAGAAGACAGUAUAACGCCCAACGUGCGAGCGUUUUCGCGGUCCGCGGCGUCGUCCAACGAGCGUCGGUGCAUGCUCGCCGCGUGCGGCCUCGGCGCGCUUCACGUCGUCGACGCGCUGUUGCGCUCCGGGAUGCCGCCGCUCGGGUCGCACCUUCGCGCGGCCGCCGCGUCGCUCGCGCCGACCGCGGCGGCGGUCGUCGACGCUCUGCUGGCCGCGGACGCGGGCGGGGGGUACGAUCGUCCGACGCCGAUUGAAGACAUCGUUCACGACGCGUCCGACGCGGGGACGCUCGCGACGCACCUCGCCGCCGCGCGCGGGUGCGCGAAUGCGCUCGCGUCGCUUCUCGCCGCGGGCGCGCGCGCCGGCGCGAGGGACGCGGACAAGCAAACGAUCUUGCACCUCGCAGUGAGGAGCGGCGAUCUCGAGACGACGCGCGUCGCCGCCGCCGCGUGCGCGUCGUUGAAGCCGCGGAAGGGCGGGAUCGAGGCGUGGGACCGAUGGAAACGACGCCCGCGGCGUGGGCGUUACUAUUAG